CUGUGGACGCUUUGUUCUUUUGCUAGAAUGGCUUGUAGAMUUAGAUUCGGGGAUGAAUAUUUCAAGAGAAAAACUGUACAGUAUUUUGAGUUUGAGGAGCCUCGAGGCGAACUUGAAUUUACACGUAUCGUCACAGAGUAUGGGAAUGCUCUUUUGAAUUCUAGAGGAGGAUUUCUCCUUUUUGGCGUAAGGAAAGGUAAAGUUCAGGGAAUGUUUUUAAGUCGAGAUAAAGAGGACCAUUUUCGACUKAUUGUAGACAGACAACUUCGGUCCUUUGAACCUGUCAUUGGGCCCAACUGCUAUAGGGUCACAGUAACUCCUAUAGAAAGACAUGUAUAUCAUGAAAUGUUUGUAAUGGAGGUCAGGGUCUCUGCUGGACCUAUUGGAUGUCUUUAUCAAACAAGUGAUCUAGAGGUUUUUUCAAUCAAAAAUGGAAAGAAGAUUGGGCCAUUAUGGCCGCAAGAGAUAAAGGCACUUGUGAUCGAGAAGUACCAUGAGGAAAUGGGAGCAUCAAAAACAUUUUCAAAAAAUAGUGAAGUAAAGACUCCAGGACWUUGAAGAAAAAGAAAAUAACUUGAAUCCAGAGAAGAAAGACAAAAAGAAAGCAAAGAAGAAAUAGACUUAUCCUUUAGUAUGUAUAUAUUAUUACAAGAAAGAAAAGAAAAUUAUUUAUUUAAAUAUACUUAAGACACAUCUAAGGGCCUUUGCGACCAGUUYGUUAUUAAACUGUGGUUUUUGAUUGCUUUUGAUCACCAUUCAAAGAUGAUGAGUGAAAAUCAUGCAAAGKUUCUUGAAAAAUAAAAUAUUACAGUUGCAAAAAUAUAGCAUAUCAAAGUUAUAAUUUAUUAUCAUGCCCAAUGCUGGUAAUAUCGUCGUGUACAGGAAACCUCAGGGGAGUUUAUUGUUGUAAUGUAAAUUUACCGUAUGCAAAUUAUUCCGACGAUAAUUCGUGUUCACUUCGUUCUUAUAUAUUAAUUAUUUAGUGAAAUGUUAAUGAGAAAUUGUUUAAAUACUAGAAAAAAAGAAGUGCAACCAAGCUAAUUCACUUGUGGCGUAACCGGUUAGGUUUAGGGUUAAUGAUCGGAUAGGUCAUAUUUAGGGUUCGCAGGUUCGAAUCUUAUCUGCGGGAUCAAUUUAUUUUUCUAAGUGAGGAUAACCAAAAACCUCAAAAUAUUUCUAAGUCCCAUUCGUGUGUUCGGAAACAUAUGACGUACUUGGUUACACGGUACACGACGAUAGUACCCCAAUGCUAAAAAAACAAAAUGUCAUUGAUUAUUCCUUAUAGUUAGUGAGAUGAUAUAUUGCGUGGCUGUGCAGAGAUGGAUUUUAUCUCAUUCUCGUACCCAUUAUAUCUUUCUCAGUUUCUUCUACGUGGAAACCAUACAAGUUUCAUUUAUCACCAACCAGAGUCUUUUCCAUUGAGAAACUGAGCCAAAGGAUCUUGGUAGAGUGAGCGAAAUUACACGGUGAAAUUUAACUAGCCCAUUUGUACUAAUUUGUGCUAUUUAGUUAAUAAUAGAUUUAUAAAGAAAAGUGGUUGAAAGAAUUUUAUGUUAAGUUGCAGCUUUAAUACGAAUUAAUUGUAUUUUGAUUUUGUACAAUUUCACCGAUUAAUUUUAUUGUUCACUCUACGAGGAAUAG